GUCUGUCUACGGAACAGAUGGAGUGCUUGGCUUCUGGGCCAGUAGGAAGGGAAGAAGCCUAGAUUUUUCUACGCAAGCACAGUCUGCCCAAGCUGGGGGCUGUAUUCUGAAAGACUGCUCUGAACCUCAUCUGUGGUUUGUUCUAGCUAAGUAAAUGCACUAUUUGAAGUCGAGUGGGGUCAAGAAGAAAGGCGCAUUUCAGAUACAAUUCAACUCAGAAAUCAGUCUUUAAGUCUGGGAAAAGUGAUCCCUUGGGCACCCCAAGUCCAAGUUCAUUCUGCUGAAGAGUAGCCUCCACCUUGCUUCAGUCAGUAGGAUUCUGUCUUCACAGCCAGGAAAGGAUAGGACUUAUAGAGGGCGGGGCCAGGGGCGGGGCUGACAGCGGGGCGGGGCUUCGUUUCUCCGCGGCCUGUCGCCUAGACAACCUCCUGCGGCUAGAUGGAGACUUUUCAACAACGCUUAUUUGGGGGGCCGGAUCCGGGAUCACUCAGCCCAGAGCAAUUGGAGCAGUUGCGAGAUUUCAAGAUCCAGACUCGCAUCGCAAAUGAAAAGUACUUGAGGACCCACAAAGAGGUGUCGCUGCUCAUUAGCGGCUUCUUCAGAGAAAUGUUUCUGAAGAGACCAGACAACAUCCUUGAAUUUGCUGCGCACUAUUUCACAGAUCCAAGACUUCCCCACAAGAUUCACAUGCAGCUAAUUAAAGACAAGAAAGGAGUCUAAUUAGCAAAGCCACAACGCUCAGCUGCGGGGAGAAGCCAGAAGGAAUCCAGCCUCGGGGUCAUCUGGAGGCCUGAGAGCCCUGUUGCCAUCAGACUGGGUCUCCAAGUUGUAUGGGCCUCUUCCUCCCACAGAGGUUUUCAGAGAUGCUCAUUAAAUCCAGACCCACCCACUCUCUCUCUCUCUCUCUCUCUUACCUUCA